GAUGAGGUUAGUAGGACAGGAUCUAAACCAAUUUUAGCGUUGCGGAAUUAGCUAUCCACUCCAGAUAGAAUAAAAUAAACAUCAAAAUAAACCAGGAGAUGAUAAGAAGAAAACCUAGUACCGCUGGGUAUCCAAGAAUGUUCAAUUCCCAUACAACAGAGUGCAAUACAGCUUCGUUCCGUUUAUUGGGGAUGGGAUAAGGUGGACCGUUCUGACGUCUGGUUGACAACCGCUGAGGACUGGGAUGAAUGGCUUGGUGAUGUCCCUCAAUAGUGUCAUCCAAGCUGCGGUCCUUGAUGCGAACAACCUGGUUGGCAGAAAUGUCACUCGCUUCGUCGACGUGGAUCCCAGUUUCGAGGGCCACCGCUGGUGUGAACCGGGCGUGAAAGAGCCAGAUCCCAGUGACACAAGUACUGCCUUUUUCCUCAGCAGUUGGCCGGACGUUCUAGAGGAAGACACGAUUUCGACAUGGGUAUGGUUAUUGAUAUCUGUUAAAGCCGUUGUGUUCACUUUAGUGACAAGAGCUCAACAGCUCUUACCCCCUUUGAGUUCGAUGUCGUUGCAGAUGACCCGGAUUCGUUAUGAGAAAAUCGCCUGUUUCUAAUGCAGGUCCACAGGUAGUGCGGGAUAUGACGAAGAUGCAUUUGUUUCACCUUGUAAGUAUGCACCAUCUCCUGCAGGGAGAAUUCAUCAUAUGCCUUUCAAAACUAGAGAUUCGAGACCACCUUUAGACAGAGCUAGAUGCGUCCGCUUUUGCGCUCUAGAGGAAUAAAAAAAGUACACAAUGAUGGCU